AUGAAAUCAGAAAAGGAUGAUCCAUUUCAUGAGGCAAAGCACGAAGUCGAUAUUUCAGUACAGAAGUUGCAAAGCCUAUAUAAAAGCUGGAGUAGCAUACCUGACAAAAAUUCACUAUUGGCAAGGGAGAAAUACGCCCUGAUAAGUGAAGAAAUAAAAUAUCUAAAUGAAGAUUUAGAAGAUCUAGACAAUUCAGUUAAUGUUGUAAAAAAAAAUUUAUACAAAUUUAAUAUUACCACGGAAGAAUUGGAAAAUCGUGCAAAUUCUCUGAAAAAUAUUCGAACCGUUUUAAAUGAGAUAGCAAGCAGUUUGACUUAUAAGGCUUUAAACUACAGUAGAAGCGUGAAGGGUGAAUACGACGCUGUUGCGAUCAAAAGACAAGACAACGAUUUGGACGAAUUAGCUGAAUCUGCAGAGAGACUGCACAAUGCCGCUAUUACAAUUAACACAGAAUUAAAAGAUCAGCAAAAGUUACUUGAUGAAUUAGAGAACGAAAUGGAUUACUCAAACGAAAAAAUGAACUUUGUGAUGAAAAGAAUCGGAGAUUAUUUAAAAACGAAUAAUCCGAAAGUGCUAUCCCUAAUAGUCUAUCUUACACUUAUUUCAUUUUUUUUGCUAUUUGUCCUUGUAGUCUCCUAA